AACAAAAUCAAAAAAUUGUUGACAUUGCGUAUUACCUACAGAGAAAAUUUUGUUCUUUGGCGGCAUAGUUUAUGGACACCUUUAAUAGAGGCGCUUUACAUACGUGAAUCAGCUAAAAUUGACUUAUGACACCUUUCUUUCUUUUCUCUGUGAUGAUAGUAGCAUUAAGUAAUACAGUGAUACUAAAGUUGUUGUUCUGACAGGUAGUUGUACUACUAUGUAUAUAUUAUGUAUAUAUCGUGAUAUUGCAUGUCCUCACAUAAAACCAUUGAGAAGUAAAAACUUGAGAAAUACUAGUACAUACUCGAUUGAGAGAAGAAACUUCUAAUAUUUCAAUAUUGGAAUAAUCGAAUUACGUAGGCAUUAUAUCACGAGAGCCUAACAAUAAGACGCAUUUAAGCAUCACUUGAAUAAAAUAACGUAGCGUGUUUUCUUUGCGCGCAAAAAACUUCAUCGAGAGUUUAUUUGCUCUGUAAACGUUCGAUAUUAGUGUAGUCUGAGUUCGCAUAAGAUGAAUGUCGAGGAGAACAGACUCAAGACGUUCGAUGAAUGGCCAACUAAUGCCGCAGUUGACGCAGCGCGAAUUGCGAAAGCAGGUUUUUAUUACACUGGAUAUGGUUUGGAGGUACAGUGUUUUUUGUGCGGUACAACAGUAUCCGAUUGGAAUUACGGUGACCAAGCUAUGGCGCGACAUCGACAGGCCCAGCCUGCUUGUCCCUUCGUCCUUAAUGCAGCCGAUACAUGCAACAUACCGUUAGUGCCAGCGUCAGCUGGUAUCUCGACGGAAUUGGCAGUGACAUCAUCAUCACUAGCCACACGGCAGUCUAACGUUAUCAAGGGUAAUCCAGGUGAAGUACGAGAGACUAUUGUACGUAGUACGAAUCCUUUGAAAGAUUAUGGUACUGUUUCGCAAAGAUUACGAUCGUUCAACAGUUGGCCGAUAUCUUCUGUCGUUUCCCCAGAGCAGUUGGCUAAAUCAGGUUUCUACUAUCUUCAAUUUAGUGAUCUGGUAGAAUGCAUCUAUUGUGGAGGCGUUUUGACGAAAUGGGAAGCUGGUGAUGAUCCAGAUAGUGAACAUAGAUUACAUUUUCCAAAUUGUGAUUUCUAUAUGAGAUACGAAACAGAAGAUGAAGCACUAGAAAUACCUAAUGUUACCUUGGUACCUGGAACAAAAACAGACAUGACGGAAUUAGGAAUACAAAUACAUAAUGGGCCUAGCAAUCCAAAGAAUGCAACAUAUGAAGAAAGAUUGCGAACUUUUGUAGGAUGGCCUACAGAUCAUAACCAAACACCAGAGAUGUUAUCUACUGCUGGAUUUUAUUAUACUGGAUUUCAAGAUCAAGUCAGGUGUUUCCAUUGUGAUGGAGGAUUACGAAAUUGGGAACCAGAAGACGAUGUGUGGUCCGAACAUGCACGAUGGUUUCCAACAUGUACAUUUGUAAAUCUUGUGCGUGGACAAGAAUUUGUUAAACACUGUGUGGUUAAUAGACCACCUUUAGAUCCUAAGAUAUUAGGUGAAACACCAGAUGAGUAUAGCAAAGAUGUCACAAAAAUACGAUAUGAAGAUGGUGAAAAUGUCACCGAAGUACGAUACGAAAAUGGUGAAGAUGUUACAGGAGUUCUGGCUACUUCUUUGCCCACAGUUCCGCAAUCUGAUUUACAUUUGAUAACGGAUUCAGUAAUUGCAACGCUUUUAGAUACUGCUCCAGCUCUGAGUGCACUUGAAAUUGGAUUAUCUAUAGAUAGAGUAAAGAAAACUCUAAAAAGGAGAAUGGAGGAAUGUGGUAUAACCUACACAAAUACCGAAGAACUUAUACAAGAUGUUCUACAUGAUCAAGCUAUGGAAGAUUAUAAUAAUAGUGACGCUUCUAGUUCAUCAUUCUCGGAAUCGAUAACGAUAGUGAAUCGAGUUGCGCAAGCAACGAAUAAUGCCACAAGUACAUCUAAUAAUGUUGAAAAACAUGAUGAAUGUUCUGAAAUAAACGAUUUGAAUUAUACAAAUAAAGACUAUGAAGCACUACAAGAGGAGAACAGAAGAUUGAAGGAAGCUCGUUUGUGUAAAAUCUGUAUGGAUAAUGAUGUAGCUAUAGCAUUUUUACCUUGCGGACAUUUAGCAACGUGUAUCUUUUGUGCGCCGUCUCUUACAUUUUGUCCGAUGUGUAGAAUAAUGAUACGUGCUAGUGUUCGUACGUUUUUGUCUUAAAUCAAAUUUUAAUGUAUAUGUUAUUGUAUAUAUUAUAUUUUCCAAAUAUCUUCAAAUUUUACUUAACAGUUUACUUAACAAUAACAGUUUACUUAACAAUUUUACUUAACAAUAACAGUUAAAUUGGUACUACGUCAAAAGAUCCUUUAUUGGAUAUACUUUGAUUGUAUCAAAUACAGGACAAUAAUUCUGAUUUGUUCUUUAUUAAUUCUUUAAAAUAUAUUUAUUUUAAUACAAUAAUUCUGAUUUGUUCUUUAUUAAUUCUUUAAAAUAUAUUUAUUUUAAUACAAUAAUUCUGAUUUGUUCUUUAUUAAUUCUUUAAAAUAUAUUUAUUUUAAUACCAUAACUGCCGAAUUUUAAAAUUGAUUUCAAUUUCUCUAAAACUUAACUAAAAAUUGAAUAAUAUGCAAUAAGUAAAGUCAAUUUUUAACGCAUAUAUUUUUUAUUUAGUUUUGGUGGUGUUGUAUUGUCUUAUAUCUAAUUGAUUAUAUUUAGUUACAUUUUAUGUAUAAAUUAACGAUAUACUUUAAUGAUAGUACUGCUUACGGUUACGGUAGUUAGGCUUACGCCUAAUCGCUAUGAUAUGCAACAUGUUAAAAAAAAGUUGGUGUUUAUUUUGUUAACAGCAUAGCUUGUUAAAAAUACAUAUCGUAAAUAAUAAUAAAUAUAUGUAUAUUUGUCGUU